AUGUAUAAGGGAAAAUUAAAGUCAGCUCUUGAGUUUGGCAACAAUGAUGACACCUCAGAGUAUAAUGAUGCCUACAGCAAUUUAAAUAAGAGCACAUUAGUUUAAGAAUCAAACAUAUUCAAUGAAAAGAACCUUGUUGUGACAAAGUGUGUUGAAUUACUUAAUAAGAUUAUCUUUCUGUUGAAUCAGGGUGAGGACUUUCCAGACAGUGAGAAGUCAAAGAUAUUCUUCAAUGUGACUAAGCUAUUCUAGGUGAACACUCCGACUACUCAAAGUUUGAAGAGACUUAUGUAUGUGUUUAUCAAGGAAUUAAAAGCUAAUGAAAACGAAGUGUUUAUUGUCAUCUCGCAGCUUACAAAAGAUGUUGGUUAAAAUGAUAAUGAGAUGUCAAAGGCAAAUGCUCUUCGUGUCUUGACUAAGAUUAUUGAUGAUUUAUACGUGCAAUCACUUGAAAAAUAUUUGAAAUAGGCGCUGAUUGAUAAGAGCAAUCAUGUAGUAAGUGCUGCACUAGUGUCUAUGGUAAAUUUGUACAAGAAGGGUGGGCAUUCAACUGAGAUCGUUAAGAAAUCAGUAAAUGAAAUUCAAGACAAACUUCUCAAUAGUGGAGAUGGCAACCUUCAAUACUAAGCAUUGAUUAUGCUUUUUGAACUUAAAAAGAAUGAUUAGAUGGCAGUUUUAAAGCUAUUAUUCCAACUUACUCAAGUUAAGAUCCACAAUUCUAUGACUAAGUGCCAACUCAUCAGAUAUAUCAAGUACAGUUUCUUGAUGAACCCAAUGAUCGAUCAAAAGACUGUAAAUACAUUUUUGAAAUACAUUGAAGGCUGUCUUACAAAGGAAGAGGACCCAGUUUAAUUCGAAGCAGCAAAGACAAUGUGUGAACUUUAUGAGGUGUUCGGAAGUAUUGUCAAUGUAGAACUGCCAUUCUAAGUAUUGGUUUAGCUUGCUUCUAACUAAUCCAAGCCAGUCAAUAAAUAUGCUGCACUUAGAGUGAUGAAUAGAAUUGCUACUAAGCAACCUAAUUUGGUUUCUCUAUGCUAGUCAGAGCUUGAGAAUCUAAUCACAGACAUGAAUAGGUCUGUUGCUUCUUUAGCUAUUUCCACCUUGCUGAAGACUUGCAACGAGGAUUCAGUUUAAAAACUUCUAAAGCAAAUCAGUCAUUAUCUUCCAGAUCUCGGCUUGGAUUUUAAAAUUGAAACCAUUCAAUCAACUGCUCUUCUUUAUCACAGACUUCCUCACAAGGCUGAUGUGCUACUCAAGUUCUUGACUGACUGCCUUAAGGAAGAAAACAAUGUCCAGUUUAGAGAGUCGGUAGUUGACACUAUCAUUGAGAUAUGUCCAUCAUAGAGAGAAGUCGCUCUUCUCAUUCUAGCUGAGCAUAUUGAAGAUUGCGAGCAUGCACAUAUUCAAACAAAGAUUAUCAAUUUCCUAGCUGAAGAGGGUCCCAGAUCCAAGAACCCAUCCUCUUAUAUCAGAUUCAUUUACAAUAGAGUGAAUCUUGAAAAGGCAGUGAUCAGAGCUGCAGCUGUGAGUGCCCUCGCUGCAUUCGCUCACAAAGUUCCAAGUCUUAGAAAGAGUAUUUUGAUAUUGUUGCAGAAGUGUUUGACAGACUCAGAUGAUGAGGUACGUGAAAGAGCUUUCUUUUACAUUAACCUUCUUAAAUAAAAAGGAGAUAAAAACUUCCUUGCACCAGAUGUCAACACUAUCACUGAAGAAUUAGAAGAAUCAGCACCAGAAGGAGCAAUGGAAAAAGACGAAAUUAGGCAAUUCAUCUUUGAUUCCUAGAAUGUAAUUGACAUUGAUGCUCUAGAAGCUUUCGUAACUCAAAAGAGAGUUUAACUGUAAUCGAGUGAAGAACCUCUUGCCAUUGAUUUAUCUCAACUAAUGUGCUCAAAGAGAGGUGGCCACACAAGAGCUGGAGCUAUGAAGAGACAACUUGACCAGGAACAAGAAGAAAUGAAGAACAGCUAAAUGCAAAUACAAUCGCAGCAAUCUAACUACAGUCCCAGUCAGCAGCAACAGAUGACACCUGCUUUAGCCUAGCAAGUAGAUGAUUCUUUAAUGACUGAGAUGGCAUCCCACCCAGAACUAGCUCCAAUUAUUAACAGUUCAAAGCACAUUUAUUCCAGUUAAAUCUCAGCAGUCAAUGACUCAUAAGCUGAGUAUGUUGUGCAAACAGUCAAGCAUUUCUUUGACAAUGUGAUUAUUGUUCAGUAUUCAAUUACUAAUACACUCGAAGAUUAAAUAUUGUCUGAUGUUAAACUAAACAUCAGCAACGUAGAGUCAGCUUACAACCUCCAAAUCUUAAAAAUUGCAAAUCUAACAGCUGGCUAGUAAAUCAAGUAUGGCGAAAAGCAAUAUGUUUAUGCAGUGUUCACAAAGUAAGGUUGCAAUCAUCCAUUCCCACUAGCCAAGAUCCAAUAGAAACUUAGCAUUAAGAUAACUGAGAUCGAUAUUGAUAGCUAAGAUGAACUAGGUUCAUAUGAAGAAGACUACAAGCUAGAUGAUGUUCAAAUAGCAGUCAAGGACUAUAUCAAGCCAUUCUCUCUCCCAACAGGUCAGUUCAAGGAUGCCUGGGACGCCAUAGGAUCAGAUUCAAAGAUCUCAGAAAUUCAGUCUAGCUUCUAAAUACCUUUCAGAGUUAUGGACGAGGCUGUUACUGGAGUAAUUAAGUUCUUUGGUAUGGGUGUAUGUGAAGGCUCAGAUAAAGUAAAUGUAACUGAGAAGGUGCAUAAUUUACUACUGUCCGGCUUGUUCAUGAACUCUGAGACUGUUGUACUAAGAGCUCAAAUCGGCUUCAAUGCUUAAUACGGCUGCGUCCUCAAGGUUAUUAUCAGAAGUUUGAAUGCAGUAAUAUCUAAUUCACUGUUAGAAGCUAUAAACUGA